UGACAGUUGUCAUUAUCCUGAGGGAAGCAAUGCGUUAUCCUUUGCAUACCGUGACAGCAGUGACGUUUCAUAGGUUUUAGGAUCACGUAAUUAUACCCUAGACGUUUUUGCCAUGUAACAAAUGUACAGUAACAAGUUGUAGAGGUGCUGAUAAAGAUUACUAGUUUCAAUAUAUAUUCAGAAAAAAAAAUGAUAUUGCUGAGGAAGCUGUCUCUUGUACUCUGGAAGAACUUGGUAAUUCGCAAAAGGCACUGGAUUUUAACCUUAAUUGAAAUAGUGAUUCCAGUUGUGCUUUUUAUUGUGGUUGCAUUGAUACAGUCAGAAAUUGGUCAAUCUGAAAACUCAUUACAACCAGUUAAAUAUGGUGAGAUUUUGACUGAUAAUGCUGUUAUUGAAAAGAGCAUGUUGUCUAUGUCAGGCUCUUCAUCGCCAUUGUUGUAUGCACCAGUUAAUAAUUUUACUAAAAGAAUUAUGGUUGUUGUUUCAUCCCGGUUGAAGAAUUUUGAACCUCUGGGAUUUGCAAGUGAAGAUGAAUUGAUUGGCUAUUAUGAAUCAGUGAAUGAUACCUUCCAAAACAUUUAUGCAGUUGUUUUUGAAGGCUUGCCAACAGAUGGAAUUCCAGAACAUUUGAAGUAUAAGAUUCGGUUGUCACAUCCAAAAGUACAUACUUCACAGUUAUUUCCUGAAUUUCAAAAUACUGGACCUGGUUCUGCAGUUGAGAAUUAUGAAAGCUCCCACUUCCUGACCUUCCAACUGUUACUGGACAAAGAAUUCAUCAAUAUGGCAGGAAGAAAUCAGUCUUUGUAUAAUUUGAAUCUUCAACAGUUUCCAUACCCCGCACACUAUACAGAUACAGUGACUGAUAUUCUCUCUAUAAUCUUGCCAAUUUUCAACGUUCUAAGUUUUGUGAUGCUGUGUCCUGCCAUUCUGAAAAGAGUUGUAGAGGAAAAGGAGACUGGAGUGAAGGAACUGAUGAAAAUGAUGGGACUGAAGUCAUGGAUGCUUUGGUGUGGGUGGAUGCUGAAUGCAAUGCUUGUAAACAUUGUGUCAGUUACCAUAAUAGUAGUCUUAAUGAAGGUACCAUUUGGUGAGGUUUCUGUACUUCAGUAUUCAAAUGGCUUCUUAGUGUGGAUUUUUCUCUUGUUCUACUGUGCAGCUGGUGUAACCUUCUGUUUUGCUAUAAGCUCAUUCUUCUCUCGACCAACCGUAGCGAUGAGUGCUGGCAUCAGUCUGUGGAUCUUGUCAUAUGCAGUUACUUACCCUUUUGUUGGGAGUAGUAGUCUCAGUGCUCCAAGUCUGAAGAUGUUAUCUGCUAUACUCCCCAACACAGCAAUUUCUUGGGGUUAUCACUUAAUUCUUACCUUUGAAUCAAAGAAGGUUGGUCUGACAUGGAUGAACAUUUUUGAACCACCCAGUGGAAUUAAAGGUGACUUCAGUGUGGGCUUGGUGUUGUUGAUGUUCAUUGUGGAUAUUGUUAUAUAUAGCAUCAUAACAUGGUACAUAAGUAGCAUUAUGCCUGGAAAGUAUGGACUUGCAAAACCCUGGUACUUCGUUUUCAUGCCAUCUUAUUGGCGCAACGGAAGAGUAAAUGAUUUAAUAGUUUCUCCAAAUGGUGUCAAGGUAUCAAACAAUAAGUUUGAGAAACCUUCUAGUAAUCUGUCUGUUGGAAUCAAGAUUAAAAAUCUUCGUAAAGUAUUCCAGUCCUUUGGUGGACUGAACAAGAAGGUGGCAGUGGAUGGAGUCACUCUGAAUAUCUACAGAGGAGAGAUUACAGCACUGCUUGGACAUAAUGGUGCUGGUAAAACGACAACCAUGUCAAUCCUCACAGGCAUGUAUUCUCCUACAAGUGGCUCUGUCCGCAUUAAUGGAUAUGACAUCUGUAAAAACUUGGAUAAAGUGCGGGAAAGCUUGGGCCUGUGUCCACAACAAAACCUUCUCUUCACAGAUCUCACUGUCUUGGAACAUCUGCUCUUUUUUGCAAAGUUGAAAGGUUGUUCAAAUCGUGAAGCUAAUGAUGCAGCUAGAGACCUUCUGAAGAAGUUAAAUCUAAAAAGCAAAAAGGAUAAGAUGUGUUCAACUUUAUCUGGAGGAAUGAAGAGAAAACUAUCCCUUGGUAUAGCACUAAUUGGAAAUACAAAGAAUAUGCGAGGCGAGCGAACCAUUCUUAUUACAACACACUAUAUGGAAGAAGCAGAUGUUCUUGGAGAUAGAAUUGCUAUCAUGGAUCAUGGUCAAGUAAAGUGUUAUGGUACUACUAUGUUCCUAAAGAAACUGUAUGGAACGGGAUAUCAGUUAAACCUGCUAAAAAAUGAUGGUUGUAAUGUGACCAGGGUAACAAAUACAAUCCAGCCUAUUAUUCCGGAUGCAAAAGUGAAGAAUGUGAUGGGCUCAGUGUUGUGUUAUAUGCUUCCGUUAGAGCAGCGUAACAAAUUCCCUGAUCUGUUUGAUGUUUUGGAACGAAAAAAGCAACAGUUAUGCAUAUCCAGCAUUGGUGUCUCUAUCACAACUCUUGAGGAAGUAUUUCUGAGGGUAGGAAAAGAAGCAGAAGAUGAAUCUGAUAGGAAGACUAAUUCAGAAUCACAUGUGGAAUGUACAGAAUUACUUGGCAGUUCUGAAGCUCUGACAUUAAAGAAAGCAGUUGGAGCAAGUCUACUGGUACAAAAGCUGACAGCCUUGUUUAAAAAACGUGUUCUCUUCACACGCAGAAAGUUUUUAGCGGUCUGCCCACAGGCUCUGACUGCGAUUCUGCUGGCUUUUCUCACAGUGAUUCUUGGUGCUCGUACUGAAACAACAAUGGAACCUCCUCGAAUAAUGAACUUGAGUGAUUAUGGGGUAACAGAUGUACUCUACUCUGUAAACCAUGAUAGUUUACGAACCUGGAGUAAUAAAUAUGAAGAGUUUAUAAAUUUAACUGGUUCCAAUGUGACAGAAGUUAAAAAUGUAUGUGCAGCCUUACUCCUUGCUGGGGAUUCCAACAUCCAGAAAUACCAUACCAAGUUUAUCAUUGCAGCAGAAUUCAAUUCAUCGGCAUCAGGAGUAGAAGUGUUAAAUGCAAUGUUUUCGUCUACUGCCAUUCAUGGAGCUCCCAUCUCUCUUAAUGCUCUGACUAAUUCUAUUCUGAAGACUGUUUCCCAAGAAAAAUCCAUUACAGCAGUUAAUCACCCUCUUCAGAGUAGGGAGCAUGAAUUUGGUGAUGAUAUUGGAAGAUAUGUAGGUGUUGUUGUGUUGUGGGUGACUCUGAUGCCAUUUGGCUUGCUCUUUGUGACUGGGAGCUGUAUGACAUUCCCUCUGACAGAAAGGGUGUCAAAAGCUAAGCAACUACAGCUGAUGACUGGAACCUCUCCACUUGCAUACUGGUUUACCUGCUUCAUGUGGGAUCUUCUGUUGUACAUGACCAUAGCAUUCAUCUUGACGUUGAUAGUGUUAAUUGCCGACCCACUGAAAGUGUUCAAUAGGUCUACGGAACUGGGUACAUAUUUCUUAUUGUUGGUGAUGUAUGGUUUGAGUGCUAUUCCAUUUGCAUACCUAUUCAGUUACUUCAGGAACACAACUGCAGGUGCUUUUGCCUUACUUGUAAUACUCAGUAUAUUGAUUGGUUCAGUAAUGUCUCCGGUGGUGUACUCUAUGAUAUUGUUUGAGAGCUACAAGUCUACUGGGAAAGUGCUGAAGUACUUAUUCGAAUUUGUACCUCACUUCACAAUUACAUAUGCAUUUGGACGCUUCUCAUAUCUUGUUCUCACAAACAAUAAGUGCAGACUGAAGAAAUCUGAUUGUAAUAGCAUUUCUGGAAGUUCUGACUUAUGCUGCUUACCUGGCUGUGCAGAUGGCUACUGUUCUGCUAUAUAUAAACCGUACCUAAGUUUUGCAGAUGAUGAAAACAAAUUAGCGGUUGGUGAAGAAAUCCUGUAUAUGGCAAUAGAUUCUCUACUUUAUUUCUUUAUCAUCAUCUUGGUAGAAUUUGGUGUUUUUGGUGUAUUGUAUGAAGCAGUUAAGAAGGCAGUUGUUGGAAAUGCAGUGAAAAGCCGGAAGCUUGAUGAUGAUGUGGUGCAUGAACGAGACAGAGUUGAUGGUCAAGUUAAAGUGGGAGCUGUUCACCUAGAUGAUAUUAUGCUGGUUCGUAAUUUAGUAAAAAAGUAUACACGAGACUUGACUGCAGUAAAGGGUAUUAGUUUUGGAGUGUCUGCUGGUGAAUGUUUUGGGCUUCUUGGUGUGAAUGGUGCAGGCAAGACCACCAUAUUCAAGAUGCUUACUGGAGAUGAAAUUCCUACUGAAGGAGAGGCUUGGAUUGGACAGUAUGGUCUUAAUGAGGAUAAGUCAAAGUUCCUGGCACAGAUUGGCUACUGUCCACAGUUUGAUGCCAUCAAUGGAGCUCUAACAGGUCAUGAAAUGCUAAAACUUUUUGCCAGCCUUCGUGGAGUUUCUAAAUUUGGCAUUGAUUCUGAAGUCAAGAAAUGGAUCACAUUGAUGGGUCUUAAGGAGUAUGAGAACCGGCUUUGUGGAACAUACAGUGGUGGCAACAAACGUAAGCUGAGUACAGCCAUAGCUCUGAUAGGGAACCCUCCUAUUGUUUUCCUGGAUGAACCAACAAGUGGAGUUGAUCCUCUGGCCAGGCGGAACCUGUGGACUGUGUUGACGUCAAUUCAGAAGUCUGGCCAGUCUAUAGUGCUUACUUCACACAGCAUGGAGGAGUGUGAAGCACUAUGUAACAGGUUGGCCAUCUUGGUUGAUGGACAGUUUGUGUGCAUGGGAGGUAUCCAGUAUCUGAAACAGAAAUUUGGUCAGGGCUUUACUGUGAUGGUGAAAGUGAGAGCAACUGAAACUGAUGAACACAUUGUACACGAAUUAAAAAGCAAGAUUGAAGACAGUUUCAAUUCUGGUUGUGUUCUUAAGGAUGAACAUGAGGGUUUGCUACACUAUCACGUAACGGAUCCAAACAUUCCAUGGAAAUAUCUCUUCACAACAAUGGAAGAAAUGAAGCAAGAUUAUGAUGUGGUGGAAGAUUAUACUAUAAGUGAGACAACACUGGAACAAGUAUUCCUAUCAUUUGCAAGGUUGCAGAAUCAGGUUCCUGUCAUUACCAUUGAUUAAACAUCUGCACAGUAUUUUGUAAGCACAUCUUAUCAGCAGGGCUGUGGUAGCUAAUGCUGUUCACUGUUGCGUGUGUCUAAUAUUAUAUUACUUUUAACUUUCGUAAUAUACACCUUGGUUCUCCUCCACAGUAGGGCUUGUGCACAAAUAUUUUACAUGCUGUCUUGUUCCUGUCUGUUAAUGCUAAAACCUUGAUAGACAAUGAGCAUUUGCCUGUCAGCU